GAGCUGAUGAAUCAGAUAGAGUGAGAGAGGGAGAUUAGAGAAUGAGAAAUAUCAGAGUUAGAUCAGAGGGAGUGAGAAAUCAAUAAGAGUGAGACAGAUCAGUGAGAGAGGGAAUGAACUAAAGAGUAGCAGACAGAAGUAAAAACGGAAGGGGUCAGAAAGUUGAGAGAGCAAAGGUCAGAGAAAGUGAAAAUAAGGCUUGAGAUAAAGGGAUGGGUCUAUGAGUUUAGAAAUAAAUUAGGAGAGGCCAGAGGAAAUUGAUGGGAGAAAUAUAGAGAGUAAAUUCAGAGACGGCGAGAGAUGGAAAAGAAAGGCUGGAGGGUGGAAGUGACCAGAGGAAGGGUGUAAGCAGAAUUUCUUGGCCCCAGCUGCUUCACCCACAUCCCCCCUCACCCACCACCAGCAGACUGCUGAAUGAGAUUUAAGGAAAACAAGAUUGGGAAAGGUGUUCAGGAUGGCUGAUCUUAACUUUGAGGAAUUGUUUUUCUUGUUUAAUCAAACCAACCAGUCGCUGGAGAAUUUCUUGAAAUAUAUCAUUCCUGAUGGCACCGAAGUACGUAGCGAUGGAUUUAAAGUCACCAGGAUCUUGAUUUCCAUUGUCUACUUCAUCGUUUGUGUUUUGGGUCUGGUGGGUAAUCUCCUGGUCCUCUGUCUUCUCCAGUCCAAGUAUGCGAAGAAAAAGUCCACCAUGACCAUCCUGGUGAUGGGCCUGGCAGUUACUGAUUUCCAAUUUGUGCUGACAUUGCCUUUCUGGGCAGUGGACACUGCCCUGGACUUCAGUUGGCCUUUUGGCAACAUCAUGUGUAAGUUGGUCUCUUCAGUGACUGUGAUGAACAUGUAUGCCAGUGUUUUUUUCCUCACUGUCAUGAGCAUCACCAGGUACUGCUCAGUGGCCCAAUCCCUAAAGAUGAAGACACACUCAUCUGGAUACUCUGACAAGUUCCUCUGCAUCUCUAUCUGGGUAGUAGCCUGUAUUGCGACCCUUCCCCAUGCAAUUUAUUCCACCACUGUUGCAGUGGUUGACGAAGAGCUGUGCAUUGUCAAGUUUCCAGAUCUUCACAAUGAUCCCCAGUUUUGGUUGGGGCUCUAUCAGCUCUCAAAGGUCUUGGUUGGUUUUAUCUUACCUCUGAUCAUCAUCUCCGUGUGCUAUAUCCUGUUGCUCCGCUUUGUAAACAGGAAGAAAAUGAGUUGCAACAACCCAAAGAGAACAUCCAAGGUCACCCGGUCCGUCACCAUCGUGGUGCUCUCCUUCUUCAUCUGCUGGCUGCCUAACCAAGCCCUCACUGUUUGGAGUGCCUUCAUCAAGUUGAACGUGGUCGAAUUUACAGGCGCCUUUUACACCACCCAGGCAUACAUCUUCCCCGUCUCCAUCUGCCUCGCUCACAGUAAUAGCUGCCUCAAUCCCAUCCUGUAUUGUUUGAUGAGAAGGGAGUUUCGGGCAGCGCUGAGAGAGUUACUCCUGAAAGUGACCCCCAUCAGGCAGAUCCGACCUCUGAUCCCGAGUCUGGCAUCCAGCAAGAGACAGGUGCCAGUCAUCAUCGCUAUGUCAAAGUAAGGCACAGAUUGGAUCUGACUGUGCUCCCUCAUCAUUGACUGAUUAAUUGUGAUCUUCACGCUCUGUCUAAGUUUCCCAGCAUGCAACUUGAUCUGAUCAUCUCUCUUUCUCUCUCAUCUAAUUAUCUAAAUGUGACUUACUCAGUAUCUGUUACAGUUUUAGGUAGGAGUCUAAUGAUCAGUGUGCAUAAGUUUUAGUUCUCAAUUGAAAGAUGUUUAAUGUAAACUUUCCAUUUUUAUCUGAACUGCAUUUUAGUGAUGUUAGGAAAAUCAGUCAUGCUUACAAUCGAACAGCUUUUCUUUCCCUAUUGCAUCUUAGGGUUUCUGUAGUUGCACAAAAUGGAUACAUUCUGGCUCAGAAUUUGUGAAACUGUAGUGUUUGUCUGUGAAAUUGACAGUAGCUUUUUUGGUGCCUGGAUAUAGAGUUAAACAGAGAAAUCCAGGAGUCACUUCCUGCUCCUCCACAGGGUCCACCACAACUUACCAUACAUGGCAAUCUUUAGAAAUCACUGAAAUAAUAAGAGCUUCUCCUUUUACAUUGGAAGUUAGCCUUACUGAUAAAAUAUAAUUUUUUGUUCAUGGAAUGCCCUGCCAGUAGCAGUGAUGGACUCUCCCUCUUUAUGGGCAUUUAAACGGGCAUUGGA